AUGACUCUCACGGUCAGUGUCAUCCCUGCAUCUUCCAAAGUCGGCCAAGCGGCGAUCCAUUAUCUUCUCAAAGAUGACAUCACCGUCCGUGGAUUCUACCGCAACACCAGCAAGGCACCUCAAGAAUUUACCCAGUCGCCUCUGUUCGCUGCAGUCCAGGGCGACUUGCAAGAUGCUGCCUCGUUGACAUUUGAUGGCUCGGAUGUUGUGUUCUACGUCCCGCCUCCCGCCUACGAUGGCACCGACCCCGGUGAGUUUGCAAGUAAUGCAGCGAACAGCAUCAAGGGUGCCCUGCAGAAGGCCAACGUCAGGAGGCUCGUACUCUUGUCAGCGCCAGGAGCGCAGCACUCGUCAGGCAUUGUGAGUUCAAAACUACAUACGGCCAGCUGUCCCGACGACAUUAUUGACCAGUCCCAGGGAAUCCUCAGGAUCAACCACAUUUCGGAUGAGAUACUCAAACAGAGUGUCCCCGAAGUCUUCGUCAUGCGACCAUUCUACUUUUACGAGGACUGGGCAAUGCAGAUUCCCACCUUGAAGGAGGAUCCGCCGUUUAUCACUUCAGUAUUUUCGCCUCUGGACUACAAAGUCCCCAUGGUCAGCAUCAAGGAUAUCGGUCUGUACGCUGCGCGGUCUGUGACGGGUCCGCCACCAGCCACCAGCCCGCAAAUCUUCAAGCUCUACGGCCCCAAGGCGUACUCAGCACUCGAUGUGCGGGACGCAGUUGCUCGCGCUAUCAAUCGUGAUUUGGAGAUCAAGGAGGUCACGCCCGACAAUUUGCGCGAACAUACGGCUGCGAUGGUGCCAGAGUCGAUGGUGGACGAUCUCGUCGGCCUCACGACGGCGACUUUGCCAGGUGGGAAACUGCAGGACGAGUUUGAGCCCAGACAGGGGGUCGAUGAGAUUGGCGAAGUCACCCUCGAGGACAUAUUUGUGGAGAUCUUUGGGGAGUUGAAGGAGUAA